GAGAUAUUCCUGGACAAAUAAAACAAAAACACGAGAAAAAGAGUGGUGAUGCUUUCUCGCCCGUCAGUCCGUCACCUUCUUAAAACUUAACCGCUUCUCCUCUCAUCCCUAUAAUAUUUACCCGCCGGGAAAUCUCAUCCUUCUCCGUCGAUUCAGCGAAUGCAAACUCACCUCAAUCCAGUUUUAGUCCCGCAAAAUGUCUGUGAUUCCAUCGAAGUCCCUCUCAAUAUCUCUCAAACCCUACUGGAAGAGCCCCAUGCCUUUACUUCUCCCCAAUACACUGAAUGCAAAUAUUUUCCGGUCGCAUGUUCUAGAGCUCUCCAGAAAACCUAGAGGCGGCGGCGCCUCCUUAGUGGCCGUUGCAUGCUCUACUUCUUCUCCCCUGUUUGGAAAAGUUGGAUUGCACAGAAGAGAAGGCAAUUUAUCUUUACUGUGGUUCGGAAAUUACGACAGAACUGUGGCCGUAGAAGUCGAAAAAAAGGAAGCCACUUCCAAUGCUAUCUCUGCAUUGCUCCCCUUUGUUGUAGCGCUCACUGCAGUCGCCGCCCUUUCUCAGCCUUCCACUUUUUCCUGGGUGUCAAAGGAAUUGUAUGCCCCUGCACUUGGUGGAAUCAUGUUAUCUAUAGGAAUCAGACUUUCCAUUGAUGAUUUUGCUCUUGCUGUUAAAAGACCUAUUCCAUUAUCUAUUGGAUUUACUGCUCAGUAUAUUUCAAAGCCGUUGCUUGGUGUGCUGAUGGCACGGGCUUUACAAAUUCCUACAAUGUUCUAUCCUGGAUUUGUUCUCACGUCGUGUGUUGCUGGAGCUCAGUUAUCGAGCUAUGCAAGCUUCUUGAGCAAAAGUGAUGUGGCGCUCAGUAUACUCUUGACCAGCUCAACCACCAUUGCAUCAGUUCUCAUCACUCCAGUUUUGACGGGCCUUCUCAUUGGCUCUGUUGUUCCCAUUGAUGCAAUUGCCAUGUCGAAGUCAAUAUUGCAGGUUGUUCUUGUACCUGUGACGCUGGGCCUAGUUUUGAACACCUAUGCAAAACCAGUUGUGUCGGUUAUUCAACCUAUAAUGCCAUUCAUUGCAAUGGCAUGCACCUCAAUGUGUAUUGGCAGCCCUCUUGCAAUAAACCGUGCUCAUAUUCUUUCUGCCCAAGGUCUAAAAUUGGUUGGCCCUGUCUUGGCAUUUCACACAGCAGCAUUUACCUUGGGAUAUUGGAUUUCAAAAUUUCCAAGUUUUAGGUUUGAUGAAGGAACUUGCCGGACAAUUGCAUUAUGCACAGGGAUGCAAAGCUCAACAUUGGCAGGCCUUCUCGCAACUCAGUUCCUAGAGAGCACUCAAGCAGUGCCCUCUGCCUGCUCCGGGGUAACAAUGGCUAUUAUGGGCCUCUGCCUCGCCUCUUUCUGGGGAAGUGGGCAUCGAAUCAGAGACUUGCCCUCUCUGCUCACUCGGGUCAAGCCUUUUCAUCCGCAAACUAAUUAAUAGCGAGCAGCAUAUGUAGAUUAGCUAAAGUUUACAGGAGCAACAUUAUAUAUCAAAAUUGAAUUCAAACAGCUUAUAGCUUGUAAAUACGCUUGAGCAGAACAUGUCGGACAAUAACUGAACAUGCAGAAGGUUGAUUGAUUGGUUGAUCUAUAAGUUCAUUUUGCGAUGCGUGUAUGAAUAAUUUGCAUCAGACCAUCAUCAUAGCUCAGUUUUCAAUAACAUGAUUAGUCGCGGUAUC